UUUCCUGCAAACCACAUUGUCUGUGCACUGUUUUCAAAGAUGACAUGUAAAAAAGUCGCCGUGAUCGGUGCUGGCCCUGCUGGUUUGAUGGCGGCUCAUGAGCUUAGAAAUGAAGGUCUUGAUGUAGUGGUGUUCGAGCGUGCUGCGCAGUUGGGCGGAUGCUGGGUUUACUCGGCUGAGGUUGAGUCUGAUCCGCUUGGACAUGACCGAACUCGGAAAAUUGUUCACUCAAGCGUGUAUGCUUCUCUUCGCACAAAUUCUCCUAGAGAAUCUAUGGGCUUUCGUAUUUUUCCUUUUGUUCCUACUGGCAAAGUUGGCAGAGAUUCACGAAGGUUUCCAGGGCAUCAGGAGGUGCUGAGAUACUUGGAAGAUUUUGCUUAUGAAUUCGGACUGAAUAAAUUAAUCUGUUACCAGACAGAUGUGAGGCAUGUUGGGCUGGAGACGGAUGGAAAGUGGAUGGUGAAAUAUAGGAGAGUUGGUGGAGACGAGGGCAGCGAUGUGGCUGAAACUUAUGAUGCUGUGGUUCUCUGCAACGGACAUUACACUGAACCACGACUUGCUGAUAAUAUUCCUGGCAUUGACCUUUGGCCUGGGAGGCAAAUUCAUAGUCAUAACUAUCGUACUCCAGAACUUUAUCAAGACCAGGUCGUAGUUUUGAUAGGGCUUGCUUCAAGUGUUUUCGAUAUCUCAAGGGAUAUUGCUGUAUCAGCCAAAGAAGUUCAUGUAACAACUAGGUCUGAAGCAGCAGGAAAAUUGGCCAAAUUUGGAAAGCAUCCUGGUUAUGAUAACUUGUGGCUUCAUCCAAUGAUAGAGCAAGCCCAUGAAGAUGGUAGAAUAUCGUUUCAGGAUGGGAGUGUGGUCCUUGCAGAUGCCAUUAUCCAUUGCACUGGGUAUAAGCAACAUUUCCCUUUUCUUCACACUAAUGGUGUCGUAAAUGUUGAUGAUAAUCGUGUCGGGCCACUUUACAAGCAUGUGUUUCCUCCUGCAUUAGCCCCAGGGAUCUCCUUCAUUGGUGUGCCAUUUAAUGUUGACCUAUUCUUCCUUUUUGAACUUCAAAGUAAAUGGGUAGGAGGUAUUUUAUCUGGGCGUUUAUCACUUCCGUCUGAGGAAAAAAUGAUGGAAGAUGUAGAAGCCUUCUACUCAGAAUUGGAAGCUAAGGGAGUUCCAAAGCGCUACACACAUCGGAUCCAUGAUUUUAAGGUUGAAUACGAGGAUUGGCUUGCUUCAGAAUCUGGCUGCCCUCCUUCUGAGGAGUGGAGGAGGGGAAUGCAUAUUGCAACAGUAGGCCGUGCAUUUAAACAAACAGAGACUUUUCGCGAUGAAUGGGAUGAUGAAGACUUGGUCCUGCAAGCGUACAAAGAUUUUAUGCAGGAUUCGUCUGCUGAAGGCAGAGUUGCCGUUGCUCCUUCAACACAAAGAUAACUCUGUUUCAUUGAUGAAAAAUUAUACUACGUACUAUUUCUGAUUCUACUGGUUUGAGUUGCAAAGCCCAAGUUGUUGUUUCUUUUUUUUUUUUUUUUUUUUUUUUUAAAUUUUAAAAAAAAACUCAGCCCAAGCACGUAUUUACUAUUAACGGCAAUUGUUUAUUGCUGUACAGGACCUGUAUAGAUAAAUUUCGUUGUUUUCUUUAAUACUCUGCUACGAUCAGAUCCUCA